GCCAUUUUAUGUGAUGCACCGGAAACCUCUAUCGGAAAUACGUCACUUCACGUUAGUUUUCCCGCGAUUCUGAGGUUUUGACUCGGCUGUUCGCAAAAUCCGCAGUUUGUGUUUAUUUUCUUUAGGGUUUUAAAUAAACGUUUACGAUGACAGGCGUGUAUGAAUCUCCAAAAGUUAGAAUAAAUGCCUCAAUGUUGUCUCAAUACAUUAGUCGACCGGUCUGCUUUCUUGGACGUUUGGAAAAGGUCCACCCAUCAGGAAAAGCUUUGACUUUGACAGAUGGAGAAGGAAAGAAUGCAUCAGUGGAGCUAAAUGAACCUCUGGAUGAAGAGUUGAGUGGGAUUGUGGAGGUUAUUGGCAUGGUAUCCACCAAAGGCACAAUCAUGGCUACAUCAUACACUCAAUAUCGAGAGGACAAAAUCCCCUUUGAUUUGGAGCUGUACAACGAAGGCCUGAAAGUUCUUCAUGAUUAUCCACAGCAUUACCCCUUUGAAGUGUCUGCAAGCGGAUAAACCUGUUGUUGUAUAAUUAGUAAUUAUAGUUACUGUGUUUUGUAAAAUAUUUUUGUCCUUUUUUUUUGUAAUUAAAAUAAAACAAAUUAAACAACUA